AGGUUGCUCGAUACCAGCAUGGUAUCUAGAGAGUUGCGGGAAAUCUUCCAGAGUCGGUGGUGGGCAGUAGGCACCGCUUGGAGAUUUUUGCCUGAGGAAGCUGUUUCUUUUUACUUCGAGGAGUUUAAGAAAAAAUUCUUCUGGGAGGACGAAUUCGAGGAACGAGUCAUCCGAAGUACUUUCGAGAAGCAUGCUGCGAACCGGUAUUCUGACAGGCUGUCCACCUACAAGACUUCUCGUGAGAGAGACGUGUCUAUUACCGACGACGUGUGGGAGGCCUGGGAGAGAGUUUGGGACUCUGAUGAGGCGAAGAAGAAAUCGGCCCAGGCACGGGCCAAUCAGAUGAGCGAGCCGGCCGGAGCUGGUACUGGACCGGUUCGACAUACCGGAGGCUCGAUGUCUGCUUUGAAGCAUAAGGCUGUUUUGGCUAAGGAGCUGGGGCGUGAGCCGACACAUGCUGAGGUGCACAAGCGGAUGCACACUCUGAAGGCUGACCCGACACGAUUCGUGGACGAGCGCGCGAGGAUUGCGGCUGAGCGGUUUGAGCAGGAGAUGUUGGCUGCCACACAGACAGCCGAGGGGAGUACUGCAUCUACCCCAGUGGACCCAGACCAGGUUUAUCUCGCUGUUGAGGGGGUGAAGAAGCGGCGUGUAUACGGAUUAGGCUCAGUUGGUUCUGAGUUCGUCGCCUCUUAGCGGGGUA